UAUAGUUAGUAUUUUGAAGAUUAAACUACCAUUUUUCGCUGCUGCCUCCAACACCAAACCCUCCAAACACACUCCGCUGCCUCCCCUCCCUUUUCCACUUUGGGUCCUUCUCCUCCUCCCUCUUCCAUCCACAGCGCCUCUCUGCUCCGCCGUGUCCAAUGCCUAAAAUCUUUUUCUGAGCGACAUCUUAUUUUCUAUUGAGAACAAAAAGCAAUGCUUCCUCAGCGCAUGAAGAAAGCUGUCACUGAUAACCCAAAGAAGCUUGCCAACUUGAUUGACCUUGUCAACCUUCCAUCCUCUCUCAGAGACUUCGUAGGUCAAUCUCAGAUCUCUCGCUUGGGUUGCUUCAUGCGCGUUUGGUCCUACAUCAAAACCAAUAAUCUCCAGGAUCCAAACAACAAGAAUGUAGUCAACUGUGAUGAAAAGCUAAAAGGUAUUUUGCUGGGGAAACCUCGGGUUGAGCUAGCAGAACUCCCUGCGCUUAUCAAGCUGCAUUUUCCAAAAGAGCCAAAGUGAGUUCUAUUGUAUAAAACUACAAAUCAAGGUUCCUGUUGUACUGUAAAGCACACACAUACCUUCGUAUGAGUCGCUGGAUUGUUGAAUGCUGAAUGGUGAAUGCAUUUAUCAUAUUUGGAAUAGUCCAGCUUGAAAUGGUCAUGGUAUUCUUUUCAUGUCUUCCCAAUUUUGCAAUUAGGAAUCAUGUUUAUUAGAAUUUUGUUAAUUAGUUCGUUUUUGUUGAAAGAUUACCCAUCACUCCUCGUAGAAAUAAGUUGGAUAAAGUAUU